AUGUCUGGUGUCAUUUAUUAUAAAUUUAAAUCUCAGAAGGAUCCCUCACGGGUGACCUUUGAUGGUACUGUAGGAAUGUCGGUUUUUGAUGUGAAACGUGAAAUUAUCCAGCAAAAAAAGUUGGGAAGUGGUCUUGAUUUCGAUCUUUUGCUAUACAAUGCCAACACCAAUGAAGAAUAUGAUGACGAUACAUAUAUUAUUCCCCGAUCUACUUCUGUAAUUGUGCGACGUGUUCCUGCUCAAAAGUCUGGCAAAGGUACGGCUGCCCGCUAUGUAAGCGGUGCACCACGUAUGACUGGAAACACGAGGCCAGAAUUAGCCAAGAAACCGGUACCUAUGCUACAAAAAAAGCCCCAGCCAAACACCAAUGCAUCUGGGGAUGUAUCUGCUACAAAGUCAGCUCCAGGUUCUUCAGAAGAAGCUGCCAUUCAAGAGAUGUUUCAAGUUUCGAGCGAUCAAUGGCGUGAGACGCAGGAUAAAAUGGCAUCUGCUACUCCAAUUUACAAACCUAAUCAAAGACGGAUUGCUGCGUCCGUUCCCGACAAGCCUCCUCCACCUGGCUAUAUUUGUUAUAGAUGCGGCCUAAAAGGCCAUUGGAUUCAGGCCUGUCCUACAAAUGCCGAUCCAAACUAUGACGGCAAACCGAGAGUGAAGAGAACAACUGGUAUCCCACGUUCGUUCCUUAAAAGCAUUGAUGCCCCUGCCGAAGGAGAUACCGCGAAUAUUAUGAUAAACGCAGAAGGUGAAUAUGUGGUUGCACAACCAGAUCAAGCGUCAUGGGAGUCCUAUCAAGCUCGGAAAGUAGCCUUGACUGCAAACGAUGUUUAUAAAAUGCAGCCCCCCGACUCGUCAUUGGCCUGUACCAUUUGCAAAAAGCUGGCUAAAAACGCCCUUCGAACUCCUUGUUGUAACCAAUUAUUUUGCGAGGAGUGUAUACAGACCGCUCUUUUAGACACCGAUUUUGAAUGUCCUCACUGUCAUGAAAAGGACGUACUACUAGAUUCCUUAAAAGCCGAUUACCAGGUUCAACGAAAAAUAGAAUCCGUUGUUAGAUCUGUCCUAGGUACCCAUAAUAAAGAAAGCGGAGAUUCCAAUGCUAGUGUCGAUUCUUCCGGUUCUUCCGUCAAUGAGAAAAGAAAGCGUGAUGAUGAGGAUGAAGUUAGCAAUCCAUCAAAAUAUAGCGCAAAGUCGUCAGCAAACUAUGCAAAGCCAUCCGCUCAACCCGCAUUUCGACCUGGUAUGCCCAUGCCUCCUGGUAUGCCGCCAUUGCCUCAUUUGCAGGGUUUCCCAGCACCAUUUCCUCCUUUCAUGAUGCCUGGUUUUCCUCAAAUGCCAAUGAUGAACAGUAACGAAAUGAGCAAUAACCCAUAUGGUCCUCAGUCUCGCAUGAAUUACAAAACACCAAAUCGGUCUUCUCAUUCCCCUACACCUACAAACUCGACAGUUCAAAAUAACUCUUCAACGAACAUAGCCUAA